AUGAAAUUGGCUUUUCAAUUGAGAGCAGAAGCUAAUUCAAAUUACCCUCCUACUUCCCAAAGCGUCUUCCACCGGGAUCGACGGGAACAAGUAAUCAAUGGAGUUGCUGGUGGAGGAGCCAAGGGAGUAGCCGGGGGAGGGACAAAGGGGGUGGCUGGUGGUGGUGCAGAAGUUGCGACGGUGUCAAUUUCUAACUUCAUGCCUUGGUCACAAUGUCUAGCAGUUCCACAAAUGAAGUAUCUCUCAGUGGAGAAUCCAUUCCAAUCCUACAUCGGAUGUAGACUAAAUCAGUGGGAGAAUAAUGCUUUAUAA